GUGCCCAAGCGGGGGAGGGGAGCGCGGCGUGCGCCGCUGCGCAGGCGCAGUGACCGGGCGAAGGACCGUGUGUUUCCAAAAUGGCGGCAGCGAUGGAUGUGGAUACCCCGAGCGGCACCAACAGCGGCGCGGGCAAGAAGCGCUUUGAAGUGAAAAAGUGGAAUGCAGUAGCCCUCUGGGCCUGGGAUAUUGUGGUUGAUAACUGUGCCAUCUGCAGGAACCACAUUAUGGAUCUUUGCAUAGAGUGUCAAGCUAACCAGGCAUCUGCUACUUCCGAAGAGUGUACCGUUGCAUGGGGAGUCUGUAACCAUGCUUUUCACUUCCACUGCAUCUCUCGCUGGCUCAAAACACGGCAGGUGUGCCCAUUGGACAACAGAGAGUGGGAAUUCCAAAAGUAUGGACACUAGAAAAAGAAUUCUUCCAUCAAGCUUAACUGUUUUUGUUGUUCAUUUAGUGACUUGCCCUCCUGUUACUUAAUUAUAAAAUAGAUAGAACUGUGUCUUUUCUCCUUUGUCUUUUCAGUUUGCUUCCUGCAACCAUAUUGUAUUGUAUGUCAAAUAAAGUCCAGUUGAAUUCUAGAAUGGAUGCUGUCUCUUGUGUGUGUGAAAAAAAUGGACAUAAGCGAAAGUUCCCCUCUACCCAAACUGGAAAGCAUUUUACUGUGGAGUAUUUGUUCAUAGUGCUAGAGCAGAGACGCCCUAGAGUGCAUCACUUGAUCACAAGGAAUCUGGCCUAGCAAGGGGCAGUGUGGAUCACUGUCACCCGAAGACUGGUCAGCUCUGUGUUCCUCCUGUGUGACAGCAGUGGCAGCUGAAUAAGGGAAGAACAUGGGACUUGCAGUCAUCGAACUCUACUGGGUCUGGCUCCAUAGCCUGUUCCUGUUGGCAAUCUCGGGCGAGUGAUUCUGCUCUGAGUUUUCCUCUAAUGUGGGCUUCUAAAGACUAAAUGACAUCAUGUGGGCAUAGUAAGAGGCCUUGUAUGAUGUAAAACUACUGUACAAAUGUUAACUCUGAUUGUAUGUGAUGUUACUUUCUCUUAGCUCGGAAAAGUAAGCUUUAAAAGUUUGUAAUGUAUAAACUUUACUGAUAGAAAUUUUGAACUCAAGUUAAAAACUUGUCAGACUUGAAUUGAGGCUCAGUAGUAAGGUGCUUGCCUAGCAUAUGUAAGGCCCUAAUCCAUUCUUCAGCUAAAAAUGUUUGUUCAGUCAGAUAUAGUGGCAUGCACCUAUAAUGCCAGCUACUUGGGAAGCAGAGACAGGAGGAUUACUUGAGCCCAAGUGUUCAAGCCCACCGUAGGCAACAGAACAAGAACUUAUCUUUAAAACAUUCUGAGGCUAGGUAUGUAGCUCAGUGAUAUGGAGAGGGCCCUGGGUUCCAUCCCAGGCACUAUAAAAGAGAAAAACUGAUGUCAUUUUAUAUUGAAUUAACCAGAGUUCAGGUUUCCUUCAUCACCACCCCUUUGCAAUUUAUUCAAAUGUCUUGGUUAUGGAAGGAUUUGCCUGUUCUAAUACUAAGUAAAUGGCUAUAUAGACUUCAAGUGAGAAGCAGUGGAGUUUGUUGCAGUGGUUUUUGUAUGGCCUGAGGGUUAUCGGCGGUUUCUGAAUCCCUUUCAGGGGUUUAUGAGGUUCUCUCUCCACCUGCAAGUUCAGCUGAAACUACUUUUUCUUUAUUUUCUUCAACCAAAGCAAUGUAUUGAAUGACCAAGCCAACUUGAGUAUCCAAUUGUCUUCUAUUAAGUCAGAUAUAAAUGAGAUUGGUAAAAAUGUGAAACAGUGCUACUCACUACUCUUUUUUUGUUUUGUUUUAAAAAUGGUUUUAAUAAAAAUAUUUAUGUUAAUA